AUGGAGGCGACCACCAUUCAUCGCAGAGUCUUCGAGGCAACUAUUGAUCACCCUCCAGCCACCUCGACGACAAUUGUUGGACCUCUGUUCAAGCGAGCCAGAUUUAAUAAAGUUGAGUAUGACGAAGAUAGAUGUAUCUACGAGUACGAUGCUCCUGUUCCAGCUAGCCCGGCACUUGUGACGAACGGGUACCCAUCAAGAGCUGCCCUGUCAACAGAGCCUGCAUCUCGAGGUAGCGAUUCGGCAUCGAGCAGUUCUCUCUUGAAAGAGAGCCUCCAAGCAGCCCUUCACUACAACGACAACAGCACUAUACCCGUUUACGACUGCGAUUCUGCCUCUCCUGAUAACGUAUUCACGACCCAUGGCGCCGACGGUUCCAUGAUAAUCGAAAAGACCGGCGGCAAGUACAUACACAAGCGGUUGAAAACGGCUCGUCGUCGCGAACAGUGCCGUAUUAACCAGGCUCGUUACCGCCUCAAGCAGGAUCGAAAGUCUCACCUGCUCAGUGACACAGUUGUUAAGCUGCUGGAAGAGAUUCCAUUGCUGGAAAUGCAACGAGACCGUAUCCUCUUCGGUGCCAAACAGAGUGUCUACAAUUUGGUGGUCGAGUACUUCCACCUCUUCCGUCACGGGCUCCGGACGCUUCGCCAAGUCAAUCGAACACAGAUUGCCCAAGGCACAGAAGCGCAGCAACAGCUCGUGUUCCUUCGAUAUUCGUUGUCGCCAAACGUCAGCAUUGGCGAUCGCUAUGGAGUAGACGCGAUUGUCGAGCAGUGGCAGCGAUACUCGUCGUACUUCCGGGAUCUACACUUCCAACUUGAGCACAUGGACGAGAUUGUGAAGAAUCUUGCUGUUGUUGCAGCUUCUUUGAGCGUCACAAUAACAGAAGCCUCGUUGCAAAAUGUGUUUCCUCAUCUACUCGGCGAAUACGGAGACACUGGAAACGCGAGCGAGAUCACUGCUACAAGUCUGGGCAGAAAACUACUUGGGCGACGUCUGCUUCUGCCUUGCUCACUCUACUUUGAGUGGGACGAAGUUAGCAGUCAUGUGGUGCGGUUGGAAAUGACGGUGGAUUUCUUGACGCCAAUCAGUCGAGUGUUAGGCUCCAUAACGGAUGCGGCUUUCGUGCUCAGUCAGGCUCUUAUCACCCGUGACUGUGCAAUCGGCAAGUUUGACAUGUAA